UGCGCUGGAAAUUAUUAGAAACACGGUGCGGUCGUCAAGUAGAGUAGCGUGUGGCACUGUAGCAGGGCAGGGCGCGCGGCAAAGGCUGGGGAGAGCCGAGGCCCGCUCGAGUCAGUCCGCGGAGUGACGGCAGUGUGUACAGGCAGGUCGCCGGGCUACUCUUCCUUCUCACUCGCAUGUCACGCGCUCUCCCACGUUCCCGCUGUUACCGUCGCCCUGGAAUUACUGAGCCUCAGAAAACGUCUAAGGAAGUUCUGGAGCUGAUCAAUGUAUGACUUUUUAAAAGGAACUUGCUGCAGCUGUGUUAUAUCGAGCUUCUCGAAACUUUGUCACCGGCGGAGAGGCGCGUAAGGAGGUAUCUGCUGCUGCCCCGAGCGAUAAUAAAAACGACUUUAAAUUUAAAGGUUCCAAGCCCUCCAUGAGAAUCACGUAAUCGUUGCCGCAACAUUUAUCUCAGCAAACACCGAGUGUCGUGAAGUGUCGUGUUUGUGACACAGUGAACAGUGACAAUGGAGGUCCAAACGGCCGCCCUUGUCGAGGAGGUGCCCGUCGCCAACCACUCCGCCGCCAGUGAAAGCACAGACAGUGGACCCCAAGGGGACGCCGCCCGCUUCAUCCACUACCCCAGGGCCGCCACAGUCUUCGCCGCCGUGGCCAGCAUCAUCUUCAUAUUCGUCGGCAUUUUGGGUAACCUCAUCACCAUCAUUGCGCUGAGUCGGAACCGGAAGCUGCGACUCCACGCCACCACAGCCUUCGUCAUCAGCCUCUGCGUGUCAGACCUCCUUUUCUGCUCCAUCAACCUGCCCCUCACGGCCUCCAGGUACAUCCACGAGGCCUGGGUGCUCGGGGAUGCCCUCUGCAGCGUGUUCCCGUUCUUCUUCUACGGCAACGUGGCCACCUCGCUGCUCAACAUGGUGGCCAUCACUGUCAACAGGUACAUCCUCAUCGCCCACCACGGCCUCUACGACCGCGUGUAUCGCCAACACUUCAUCUACCUCAUGAUCGCCUUGAUUUGGCUCUUCUCCUUCGGCAUGAUGGUCCCGCCGCUCUUCGGGCUGUGGGGUCGCCUAGGCCUCGACCCGCCCUCCUUCUCCUGCACCAUCCUCAAGGAAAAGGGAUCCUCGCCCAAGAAGUUCCUGUUCAUCUUCGGCUUUAUGCUUCCCAUGAUCGCCAUUAUCGUCUGCUACUCUGCCAUUUAUUACAAGGUUAGGCAGUCCCGGCGUAACGUUGCAGCCCACGCCAACAGCUGCGGCCCCGCCCCCUCCACGGCGCAGCUCUCCCGCAAGGAGGACAUGCGCCUCACCAGGAUGAUGCUCACCAUCUUCCUCUGCUUCAUGGUCUCCUUCCUCCCCCUCAUGAUCGUCAAUGUCGCCGAUGAUGAUGUUCGCGUCCCAUCCAUCCAUGUGUUGGCCUCGGUGCUCGCCUGGGCCUCUGCUGUCGUCAACCCCUUUGUGUACGCUGUCACCAACCGCCAGUAUCGAGCUGCCUAUCGGAAGUUAUUUUGUGGCCAUCGGAAUAAGCCAGGCCGCAGCUCCAACUCCCACUCCAAGAGCAACUCCUCACGGACCUUCGUCACCGAGUUCCAAUAUCACGCAUCCUCUGGCCACGUCACCAGCCCCGUCCUGGUCCCCAACCCCACGGCAGAUGCUUGAGUUGCAUUCACUGCCUCGUGCCAAUGCCUCCACUCCGGCUCUCAACCAUCACCAGGGGUCUCCUGCCCUUCUGCCAUCCAACUCAGCCACCCAAAACUCUCCAAGGGUUGCCUCCUCCCCCGGCACCUCUGCUCGGCCACUCGUCUUGCUAAGGUCCCCAAAACCUGAGUCGAAGUCACAUCCAUCCUCCUCAGCACCUGACCCAGGACUACCUCCACUCACCCUCUCAGAGUCUUCAUCUACACUCUCCAGCUCAAGGGAAUCAUUGCCACCUCUCCUUCCUGCCAGUCACAGGCUCUCUACCUCUCUUUUCAUCACAUUUGCUAAAAUUGAAAUAAUGCCCGUCUCCAAUAAUUCCUCCCUGAACCUGUCCCUUAGUGAGUCUAGAAAUUAAUGUUGUUCCAUUCAUUCCUACCAUGAAAGUUCUUGGGGCACAUAUCUUAACCUCCAAGAAAUGCUAUUUGAACCACCUUACAUAUGCUGGGUUUUUUUAUAUAAUCUAGAACCUUCCUCUCUAUUAGCUUCAUGUGCUUCACUUUCUAUUACUGAACUUCAUCGCCCAGUACCAAGAAACCCACACUAGGAAACAUAUGGCAGAUGAUGAAGACUAAGAGAGAGCAACAUUCUUCUCCUCAAGUGGGGUCAGAGUGUGAGGGAGGGAGUCAUUCCAAAACGGGUGGUUCUCAGUUGGUCCAUCACAGCAUUACAGCCUCAGUGAUCCUGCCCUACAUGGGAUGUGUCAACAAGGGCAAGGGUUCAUGUGUGAGGGAAUAGUAGCGGCCUUGCCUUGGAGUGGCUGAAACCUCCAACUCUGCAAACUCUUUAUUGAAAAAAGAAAAAAGAAUACUUAGUUCAAAGUGUAAUGUGCAGAUAGUAGUAAUGUCCAUAGUAGUGACAGUACAUGUGUGUGUGCGUGUGUUUGUAAAAAUAGCUGGUAGUACUGAAAUAAGACAUGAAUGUGGAACGUAGAGUGUGGUCAGCAUUUCACAAAAACUGGAAACCUAUUGUAUGUAUUAAAGGUGCUCCAUGGUGUGUGUAUGUGUCUGUAGGUGUGUGUGUGUGUGUGUGUGUCUGUGUGUCGCUUAUAUACCCUCUUGCCAGCCAAUACACUACUAUGCUCAGACACUGAUCAUUUUGUUGGGUGCUCGUAACAGACAGACAAACCAGUGACAGAUGAGCAACACACACAAACUCAGUGAAACUCCUCUGAUUUGGGUGAGAAAAAAGUACAACAGUGACUAUAUUGCAAGUGUUGGUAAAAGGAAAGCGAUGGGAACCUAUAUGACCCAUGCACUUAUUACAAAUAUGGGAAGGGGAAGGUGCACGCCACUUACCCACACCUGCAAACUGCCCCCACUACACUACUGUGUUCGUCCAUAUUUGUGCAUUCUUUGAUACUCAGUCGGCCUUGCUUACCUCAGAGAUCAUGUACUAAUAUGUAACCACUCCCACCCCUACGUCAGAAAGAAAUGGCCUUAUAAAUGUAUGCUUUGUGUGUGUGUGUGUGUGUGUGUGUGUGUUUCAAAUAUUCUCCCAGUAUUACCGUAGCUUUAGCAAUUGUAUGUGCCAGUGACUGUCGAGACGGUGACAUCUUGUGCUGUCGGUGAGGGGUGAACAAGCUCGUUUCUUUGGUGGAUAAGGGAAACAGAGAAGUGGUGAGAGGGCCGCAGAGAAUUCAAAGAAGGAAUGAAGGGCUUGUCAUAUUAUAGUAUACUUCAUGACUGUUCUCUGCUUCCACCCAUACCUCUCCCUACGCCACCUCUUCCAGUGCCAGCAGAACCACUAUGCUAGCGUAGUUUUCAGUUAUACUUUUAAGGUAAAGCUAUUUAUACCUAGAUAUUUUCUUAUGUAAAUUAAUUAAAGGCCAGAAUGUACAGGAGUGUGCCAUAGCUUAUUUUAACUUUACUCCCAAUAGAAAUUUAAUGAUUUUAUUGUAGGUGUAGGAAUGCAUAGCUCACGACUUACUAGCAUUCUUUUGUUAGAAGCUAGAUUGUUAGUUAGCAGGAGGCUAAUGGACAUUACAUUUCAGUGGUCAUCCUAAUCACAAACUGGAGUAAGCUUUAUUAUAUACUUAAUUUCAGUCAUUACAGUCACAUGGGCUUUGCUUUCUUUUUUUUCAUUCAUUGUUGAUAUGCCAUGCAAUAUCUUAGACUUUUUAAUUGUGUUGACAAAUUAGAUAACAGUUUUUUAUCGCCUAUGCUAAAAAAAAAAAUUAUAAGCUUUCCAAGUGUAAUUUUAUUGGCUUGCAGAAGACAUUGUGUAAGCUCUGUAUAAUUUCUUAUUUGCAGUUUUUCACAGUCACAUGGACUUAAUUUGCUUCUUUCAUUCGCUGUUGAUAUUCCAUGCAAUAUCUUUACUUUUUCAAGAGGUUAAAUGACUUGAGUUAUUUAUUGCCUGUGCUUUUUUGUUGUUGUUGUCUGCACCUCUCCUACAUGGCAUCAAAAUGUAAUAGAAAGUUGAUAUAUGGAUGAGACACAGGAACACUACAGCCAGUCAUUCAUUACUGUGUUCAUGGGGGUUAGUUACACACCUCCCACUCCCCAUGAUGAACCUCACAGGGGGAGGCCGUGUGUGUAAUGGAUUGAUUAAUGGACGGUGCUAUCAAAGGGUCAUCAUGUAUGGCCCUCCACAUCAGUGUAUAUUAUUUUGUA